AUGGCCAAGGGCGGUGACUCCUUUGCUCCUGGUGACUCUAAGAAGGGUGCCAAGCUCUUCGAGACUCGCUGCAAGCAGUGCCACACCGUCGAGAGCGGUGGUGCCAACAAGAUCGGCCCCAACCUCUUUGGCCUCUUCGGCCGUAAGACCGGUGAGGUCGAGGGCUAUUCCUACACCGAUGCCAACAAGCAGGCCGGUGUGACCUGGGACGAGAACACUCUGUUCAAGUACCUCGAGAACCCCAAGAAGUUCAUCCCCGGUACCAAGAUGGCCUUCGGUGGUCUCAAGAAGGGCAAGGAGCGCAACGACCUCAUCACGUAUGUUUCGCUACCCAUCUGA